CCGCAUUCUGGGAAUUCCUCUAGAAAGAGAAAAAAAUUGAAAAAGCUCUCAUUUUCCUGGGAAACAAACAACUCAGGGAAAAAUUUAACAUUUUGUUUUUUUCCCUGGAUUUCAUUGCCAUUUCAGGAUAAAGCAGAAAUCCUAUCUCGGCGUCACCAUUAAAGAUUGCAAAAGUCGAAGGAAACCCCGAGAUGGGUCACCACCGCCACCACCAUGACGGUGGCGAUGGCGUCCCUCAGCGUGUGAACAGCCCACGACUCUCCGGCCCCAUGACCCGCCGCGCUCAUUCCUUCAAGAGCGGCGUCGUCGGCGCCGGAGCCAAUUCUCACUGUGGCGGAGGCAACGCCCUCGUAGGCAUAGGUGGCGAUGGCGGCGGCGGCGGAGGAAUCAGCAGCCACGCGAAGAAUGGUUCAUCGUCUGGUUUGAAAGUUCAUCACGAGAUCGAUCUGCAGCUAAGCUCGCCCAGAUCAGAGAUCGGGUCUAGUUCGGGUGCAGAUCUGGGUUCUGGGUUCGAGUCAGUUCUUAAUAGGAAGCAUCUGAAGUAUGGUGAGUUGAGAGAGAGAGUCGUGAGAGGACUGCUCAGGAAGCCGAUGGGAUCGGUGGUUUCGGAUUUUGGGUUGAGAGAAAAGAAGAAGCUAGGGCACUGGAUGUUCUUCGCCUUUUGUGGGGUGUGCUUGUUUCUGGGUGUUUUGAAAAUUUGUGCUACUGGGUGGUUUGGAUCCGCCAUUGAUGGGACAACUUCUGAUCAGGGAUUGCCGGACUCCAUACGUCGAGUAAAUGUAUUGGAUCAUACCUCCCAUGAUUAUGUGUAUAAAGACGAAGGAAGUGAUGUUCAACGCACUUUGAUUAUGGUCACAUCAGGUGUGGUUGAUGAUCAGAACAGAGUGUUAGAAUACUCAGGUAUUUGGGCCAAACCCGAGAGCGGGAAUUUCACGCAGUGCGUUGACAGUACAAAGAGUCACAAAAAGCUUGAUGCAAAGACAAAUGGCUACCUUCUCAUAAAUGCUAAUGGAGGCCUGAAUCAGAUGAGAUUUGGGAUCUGUGAUAUGGUCGCUGUGGCUAAAGUUAUCAAGGCAACUCUAGUUCUUCCUUCACUCGAUCAUAGCUCUUAUUGGGCAGAUGAUAGUGGCUUUAAGGAUCUGUUUGAUUGGCGACACUUCAUUGAGGAGUUGAAGGAUGUCAUUCACAUAGUUGAGACGAUGCCAGAAGAAUUAGCUGCGAUUGAGCCUUUUGUUAAGACACCAAUUUCUUGGUCCAAGGCUAGUUACUAUAAGACAGAGGUUCUCCCGUUGUUGAAGCAGCAUAAGGUCGUGUACUUCACUCAUACCGAUUCUCGUCUCGCCAACAAUGACCUGUCCAAUUCCAUACAAAAGCUACGUUGCCGUGUAAAUUAUAAGGCAUUGAAAUACUCAGCUCCGAUAGAGGAAUUGGGAAACAUCUUAGUUUCCAGAAUGAGAAAGAAUGGAGGCCCGUACCUUGCGCUCCAUUUAAGGUAUGAGAAGGAUAUGCUUGCUUUCACAGGCUGCAGUCAUGGUUUGAUGGCUGAAGAAGAUGAAGAGCUACGUCAGAUGCGGUAUGAGGUCAGCCAUUGGAAGGAAAAAGAAAUAAAUGGAACGGAGAGAAGAUUGCUCGGUGGAUGCCCGUUAACUCCAAGGGAAACUUCCCUUUUGCUUAGGGCAUUGGGUUUCCCAUCAAGCACCCGGAUUUACCUUGUAGCCGGUGAAGCUUAUGGGAAUGGAAGCAUGGAGUCACUUACCACUGACUUCCCCAGCAUUUUCUCGCAUUCAACUCUUGCCACUGAAGAAGAGCUCCGUCCUUUCAACAACCACCAGAAUAUGUUGGCGGGCUUAGACUACAUAGUCGCGCUUCAAAGUGACGUGUUUCUUUACACUUAUGAUGGAAACAUGGCGAAGGCUGUUCAAGGUCACAGGCGCUUCGACAACUUCAAAAAGACCAUAAAUCCAGACAAGAUGCAUUUUGUAAAACUCGUUGAUGCAUAUGACGAGGGGCGGAUUUCUUGGAAGAAAUUCAGUUCAAAAGUGAAGAAAUUGCACAGAGACCGAGAUGGAGCUCCAUAUAUGAGAGAGCCAGGGGAAUUCCCGAAGCUGGAAGAGAGUUUCUACGCGAAUCCUCUUCCCGGGUGUAUUUGUGAGACCGCAGAAGAACGGUAGCACGCAAUGGAUAUACAUAAACAUCAUCGAGGUGUAUCUUUCUGGUAGUUUCUUAGGGACCCGAGCUAGCAAAAGAGAAUGGGUGCUGGUGAAUUUUUGUCACAAUACACUGGUCAAACCUGGUGUUCAUGGUUGGGAAGAAGCUCAAGAUCGACAUUAAUGGUGGUUUUGAAGGAGUACUCAAGGCCAGCAUCUAGCUGAGAUUUAGAAGAUUCAUGAAAUUCUGUAGUCAAGAGUGGUAGUAUUUAAAAUUCCCGCGGCUGGUGUUCUUCAAGGUUCAUGCUGUAAGUUCAUCCCUCUGAUACUCUCAUCUCUUCUGCCAAGAACUUCCAUGGAGAUUUCCAGAAGUGGUGGGUACGCACAAAAAUAGGGAUUCAUCUCUUUUUAUCUCUUCUCUGUGAAGUUUUGGCCGAAUAAUAGGGUUUCAUUACACUGCAAUUGUCGUUACUACUGUCGAUUCUUGUUGUUUCACGCGUAUCAAAUAACACAAAACCA